GGUUUUCUACACGGUACAAAAAAUAUUGGAAAUAAAGACUCUCCGGCUGAAAUUGUUCAAGUCGUUCUGGAAUUACAUUGACGUGAUAGUGCUGAUAAUGAGCUACUUUACAUUCAUUUUCAAUGUAUCACUUUACAUCAACAUGAAUAAACUACUCCCAAUACUGAAGGACCCAAGCUAUGAGGACAAGUACAUUUCCUUCGACACUCCUUUGUACCUCCACAUCCUUUUCAGUCGAUCAUUCGCUGUUCUCAUUGCAUUUGCUUUCUUGAGACUUCUGAAAUAUUUCAACAUUGUACAUUCUAUCUACCGUCUUCAUAGUACAGUACAUAGGGCUCUGCCAGACAUAAUGAGCUAUUUCAUUAUAUUUUUCUACCUCUAUUUCGUUUUUGCUUUUGUUGGAUUGUUCUUAUUUGGCAGUAAGUUGGAGGACUUCAAGACAUUUCUGCUGGCCCUGUUUGCUCUGAUGAGGUACUCCAUCGCAGACUUCAAAUUCGACGCUCUAGAACAGGCUGACCCAAUUUUGGGACCGAUCUUCUUUUUCACUUACAUAUUCUUCAUGGUCUUCAUAGUUGCAAGCAUGUUUCUGGCCAUCUUGGUGCCUCAUUACAAAGAAGUUCUGAGUGAAGUGAGUAUCGGAGGAGCUAAAACGUUCAUCUCAGACAUGAUGCUGAUCUGGCUGAUGCAGCUUCUGGGUAAACUGGAAUGUUCUUGGCUGCUGUCUCAGAUAGAGCGAGAAGUCUACGAGGAGAAGGUCCACUCGCCUUCAGAACACGUUCGGUAUUACUUGGCACAAGCAGGAUACUCGGAGUUGGAAAUUGAGCUGUUUUUCAAGAAGUAUGACAUUACCGACAUGAAAAUAGAUGCUAUGGAUCCAACUAGAACGAACUUCAGGAAAGGAGAAAGGGAGGCCCCUCCACCACUGUCUCAAAAAGAUAUAUUGCGCUACAUUUUGAUUAAUAAGCUUGACUAUUUGGAAGGCCAAUACGGAGAAGCUAGCAAACUCCUCGACAAGUUUCUACAAAAACUUGAUAGUGUUAAUGUUAAAUAGAGAUCAUCAUCUUUAAUUGUAAUAUUAUAGACUUUAAAUACAACUUUAUUAUU